AUGCGUUUCACCAUCCUCACUGCUUUCGCCCUUGUCGGCCUUUCCAUGGCUAACUCCAUCCCCUCCGGAGGACAGUGCAAGCAGGAUGGAAGCUUGGGUAACUGUGAAUCUAAGCUCUGCGUGCAACUGGCUGACAAGCCCUUCGGAAAGUGCAAAUAA